AUGGAGUACAAGCUCGCGACUAAACAUGCAAGCGGUGGCCAGUUCGGGAGAGAACACGCAAAAGGGAGAGGAGCAAUGUACUACCAUAGUGAAGAGGAGAACUUGGAUGAAACCGCGAACGUCGAGCGGACAAGCUUUCGGCCGUGCAAAGUGUGUCAGUGUACUGACCAUCGUCUGCGGCAUUGUGCAGAGUUUAAGAAAUUACGAUAUGUUGACCGGCUGAAGGUUGUGAAUCACUGGAAACUUUGCUGUGUUUGUCUGAAUGACCACAGCGGACGGUGCGGUUUCAAAAUACAGUGCAAUGUGGGAGAAUGCAGAGAACGACACAAUCCGUUGAUGCAUCCGGUGAAUACCGUGGUUGGUAUAAGUGCUCACAUCUGGAAUCAAACGAAAGUUAUGUUUCGAAUGAUUCCCGCUCAGUUGCACUUUGGAGGGCGAUCGAUUACGGUACUGGCGUUUUUGGACGAAGGAGCGUCCGUUACACUCAUCGAGAAAAGGAUGGCAGAUCGUCUUGGACUUGUGGGUGUCCCGGAGAAGCUGACCAUUAAGUGGACAGCAGAUAUCACGCGAGUGGAGAAGGAUUCCAGCCGGAUGAAUGUGUGGGCAUCGGCAGUCGGAAGUAAGGACAAGGUGCUGCUGCACACGGUUCGAACGGUAGAGAAUCUGAUGUUGCCGCAUCAAAAACUGGACUCCAAGGAGAUUGCAACCCAGUUCAAGCACAUGCGGGGAUUACCGAUCGCGUCGUACGAUGGACAACCCGGAAUACUUAUAGGGCUCAACAAUGUGCAUUCAUUUGUGCCGUUGGAAGCGAAGAUCGGUGCGACUGCAGAGCCAAUAGCGGUGAAGUGCAAACUUGGAUGGACUGUGUACGGCCCGAGACAGUCGAACACUGCUUUUGAUGGUGGGUAUAUGGGUUAUCACCACGAAGUAAGCAACGAGGCCCUGCAUGACCUGCUGAAAAGCCACUACGCUCUGGAGGAAUCGGUCGUGGCGGUCGCGCAGGAAUCGGCAGAGGAUAAACGAGCGCGAGAGAUAAUGGAGCGGACCACAAAAAGGGUGGGAAAUCGCUUCGAGACCGGACUACUGUGGAGGACAGAUGAUCCACAAUUUCCAGACAGCUUUCCGAUGGCUCUGCACAGGAUGAAGCAGCUGGAGAAAAAACUGGAGAGAAAUCCGGAGUUGCACAAGAACGUUUGUCGGCAGAUAGAAGAGUUUCAGCAGAAAGGAUAUGCACACCUGGCAACUGCAGAAGAAUUGAUCCGUACGGAAACAGAUAAGGUGUGGUACCUACCGUUGAAUGUGGUGACAAAUCCCAGAAAGCCUGGCAAAGUGCGCUUGGUAUGGGACGCCGCAGCUUCGGUGCAAGGAGUGUCACUCAACACGCAGCUACUGACGGGACCCGACUUGCUGAUUCCACUGGUGCAAGUGAUAGUAGGUUUCCGGGAGCGACGGAUUGCAUUCGGUGGCGAUCUUCGAGAAAUGUACCACCAGGUGAAGAUCGUCGAACGCGACAGACAGGCUCAACGCUUCGUGUUCCGGAAGAAUUUCGGGGAGAAGCCAAGCAUUUUUGUAAUGGACGUUGCGACGUUUGGCUCUACAUGCUCUCCUAGUUCGGCACAGUACAUCAAAAACAAGAACGCAGAAGAACACGCUGUUCAAUAUCCAGAGGCGGCAGCGGCCAUAAUCCAUCGUCACUACGUCGACGAUUAUUUCGACAGUGUCGACACCGUCGAAGAGGCCAUCAACCGGGCGAUGCAGGUGCGUACAAUUCACAAAAAUGGUGGGUUUGAAAUCCGGAACUGGGUUUCCAAUGUACCUGAAGUUCUCCGAAUGCUGGGGGAAGAAAAGCAAGUCACGCCAGUACACUUUGGUCGGGACAAGCAGAGUUGCAGUGAACGAGUUCUUGGCAUCAUUUGGGAUCCAAACAUGGAUGAGUUUUCCUUCUCUACGCUGCACCGUCCGGAGAUGAUGGCGUACUUAUGCAACGAGAAACGACCCACGAAGCAGAUUGCAUUAAGCUGCGUGAUGGGAUUCUUUGACCCGAUGGGAUUGCUGUCUCCUUUCACAAUCCACGGCAAAAUAAUCAUCCAGCACCUCUGGCGAUUGGGCUGCGAUUGGAAGCAGGAGAUCGACGACGAGAGCUGGCGCUUAUGGAAGCGAUGGACUGGCCUGCUGCCAGAGGUGGAUGCAGUUCGGAUCACACGCUGCUACCUCGGGAAUGCUGCGUCUUCAGCCGUUGAGUCGCUGGAACUUCACAUCUUUACUGAUGCCAGUGAACACGCAUACGGAUGUGUAGCGUACUUGCGAGCGGUGAUCAACGGAAACGUACGAUGUAGCUUAGUGAUGUCACGAGCGAAAGUGGCUCCACUGAAACGUCAGUCGAUUCCACGCUGGCUGCAAUCGGAUCAGUACAAGUUUAAGCAGUUCAUAGCCUUCAGAGUCGGCGAAAUUCUUGAACUGACAAGGGUAAUCGACUGGCGCUGGUUGCCGACGAAGCUGAAUAUUGCGGAUGUGCUGACUAAGUGGGGAUCCGGGCCCCCGCUGAGCAGCGACGGAGAGUGGUUCAACGGGAAAUCAUUCCUGUAUUAUCCGGAAGAGGAGUGGCCGAGCAAGGUGAUGCCGUUUGAGGAAACUAGCGAAGAGGCGAGAGGAGUAGUGCUAUUCCAAGAACUGAUCGACGUCAAGGCUACUUCGCGGUGGAUGGCACUGGUGAGAGUGACUGCAAGCGUGGUUCGCUUCAUUGCGAAUUGUCGGCAAAAAAAAAUGGGACAGCCGAUCGUGACGUCGAAAGCCACGGAGACUCAACAGCGGUCGAUUAAGUCGAAGUAUUUGGCGAUUGUAAAACCGCUCCAGCAGGAGGAACUCCUGGAAGCCGAAACGAUCCUGUGGAAGCAGGCGCAGUUCGACAGUUUCCCGGACGAAAUGAGUGCGUUGACCAAGAAUCUCAAUCUGGAGCCGGGACAGAUGCCUUCGAAAAUACAGCGGUCGAGUACCCUGGUCAAACUGACUCCGAUACUGGACGAUGAAGGUGUGCUGCGGAUGGGAGGAAGAUUCGAAAAAUCGGACGACAUCUCGUUCGACCAGAAGUUUCCGAUCAUUCUUGCUCGGCAGCACGACAUCACCAAGAAGUUGAUUCAGUGCUACCACGAAAGGUUCGGACAUGCGAAUCGAGAGACGGUUUGCAACGAGUUGCGUCAGAAGUUCUGGAUUCCGAAUAUCCGUGCAGCGAUUAUGGAAGUGAUGCGGGAGUGCAUGUGGUGCAAAGUCCAUAGAUGUCGUCCACAAGUACCAAUGAUGGCGCCUCUCCCGACUCGACGCAUCAGAGCAGGAAUUCGUCCUUUCAGUUCGGUCGGCUUAGACUACUUGGGACCAGUAGAUGUAUCGGUGGGAAGAAGAAAAGAGAAGCGAUGGGUGGCCGUGUUUACGUGUCUCGCCAUCAGAGCGGUGCAUCUCGAGGUGGUGAACAGCCUGACAACACAAUCGUGCUUGAUGGCCAUCCGCCGGUUUUCCUGUAAGCGGGGUGCUCCUGAUAUUAUAUUUUCAGAUAACGCCACUUGCUUUAAGGGUGCUAACAACGAGAUGCUGAAAACGUUACAUGGCGAUUGUGAGGAGGAAAUCACAACUGCAAGAACGGCCUGGCGAUUCAUUCCGCCUGGCACCCCGCACAUGGGUGGUGCAUGGGAGCGAAUGGUUCGUUCCGUGAAGGAGGCAAUGAAGGCAUUGGAAGAUGGAAGGAAGCUGACAGACGAGAUUCUGGUGACAACACUGGCGGAGGCAGAGGACAUGAUAAACACACGUCCUCUCACGUACAUGCCUCAGGCGUCUGCCGAAAAUGAAGCUCUGACACCGAACCAUUUUCUACGAGGAAUAGUAAAGGGCGCGGAUCUCCUAGUGGACAGGGGUGGGAAUCUAGCGGAGGCUUUGCGUGACGUGUACAAGCGAUCGCAGUACCUGGCAGACCGGAUGUGGGGACGUUGGAGCAAGGAAUAUUUGCCAACGAUAAACCGUCGCACAAAGUGGUAUGAUGAACGAAAGCCGCUGGAAGCAGGCGACCUUGUCUUCGUCGUGGAUGGUAAGGACCGGAAGAAUUGGUCUAGAGGAAUUGUCGAGGAGGUGGUUCAAGGGGAUCCAUAG